AUGUUUCUUUACAGUUCUGAAAGUUCUUCAACAGAAUUGUCCAUUAACGCCCCCAAAGAAGCUGGAAGAUGGUCGGUGUGGGCUCUUACUGUAUCCAAAGCAGGAUUAAGAUUCUCGGCCCCAAUUAAAUUGCAAGUGUUCAGACCCUUGACUGUCGAUUUUCACUUACCGCCGAGCCUUGUUGUUAGUGAAACGCUUGAAGUGGAUAUAAAAAUAGGAAAUAACAUAAAUUCCUGUGUUGAUGUGACAGCGCUCCUCGCUCUAAGUGAAGGGGCUCAAUUCGUAAGUAAUGGUCUUUUAUACGUAACUGAAAGGCUCAGGCUUGGCCCACAUGGUGCAACGUCAUUAGUUGUAAGAAUACUAGUUACAUCACCUGGAGUGAAAAAUUUUACAGUUGAAGUUAACGGAUACGCCAGCGCAACUUGCGAAGGUCUCGAGAACGUAAACAAUACAACUUUGUCGGGAGCGGUAAUCCAUUCGGCAACUUUGGAAGUUUAUGUGGAGGGUAGAGAAAAGACGCACACCGAAAGCACUUAUUUUUGCGCCAAUGAGCACCUAGUAGUUUCAACAACGGACAGCUACCGAUAUGAGUGGAUUCAAGCACCGAGAAAUCACGAGAGCAUGAUCGUCGAAGUGAAAGCAACGAAAUCGAAAAACUUGGGUCCGGUCCAUAUUGCUUUGGCCGAAAGCAAAACGAAAUUGGAUAAAAUGUACCGUAUCACGAUCGGUGACGCCGAUAAUACUCUCAGUCAUAUUGGAAGAGGAAAGCACAAUUACGGUAUACAGCUCAGUUCCAGUCAAACCCUUGACAUUUUAGGCGAAGACGUGUGGCGGAUAUAUUGGAUUACCUGGGACAAAAACACGAUAUCUUUUGGAAACGGCUCAUUUCCCCGGAACGGGACGCUGCUCAAAUGGAAAAUGGACAAGAAGAUUAAAAUUGGUGAAAUCGGAUUUGCGUCUGCUUGGGGUGCAUUGGCCGAAUUUAGGAUAUGGAAUUUCAACGAAGAAUCCGGAUUCAGCCAAGUGUUACACCUAGAGACUCCCAAACAAGCAGUGCCAGGCUCAGAACGAGGUGAACUGACAAUUUCUGGUGGCCUAGCAAUCCCUAGAAUAGACAGAAUAAAUGGCGGAGGUCUUGUUGCUGCCUUAGCUUCGUUGACACCACUUUUAAGCAUACAAUCCUUGGAGAAUAUGGGAAUCAACAGCUCUGAGAAAUUGGAGGUUGUCAAAAUGCUUCCAGGAAAAAUUCAGUCAAUCCUCUCAUUCAAAAAAGAAGACGACUCUUUUAGUGAACAUCCAAUGCUAGGCAGCCAUAGAGCGACAGUUUCUAUAUUGGAAGCUCUUUCGAAAGUGCAGCUUUAUUUUAAUGUAGAUCCAGACCUUAUUCAGGCGAUUAAACGUUGGGUGCAGCUGCGUCAAGAGGACGAUGGCCGGUUUAUGCCCUUGGAUGCUGAUGUUAAGUUGCCCAUAUUGAACAGUUCAGAUGGAUCCGUCAGCAAGAUCCAAAGUUCGGAGGUCGCACAUCUCGAAAACAUCGUCGAGAUUACGGCCGAAACGGUGAUCGCACUCUACGAUAUCGGAAUAGAAACCGAUGCCGAUUCAGAUACCCUGCAGAAGGCUAAAAUAUUCUUAGAGAAUAGUUUGCCAAAUGUCGAAUCACCGGAAACAAUUGCUGCAGUAACUUUGGCACUAGUCUUGGUCAGAAGUGCAACUGCAGCUUGGGCCAUAGAAAAGUUACGAAACGCCUCAACAACGGAAGAUGGAGAAUUUGGUUGGCCCCAUUUCACGCCCAAAAGAGACGCUGCUGAUUGGCUUUAUGAGUCUCAGUCAGAUAAAACCUUGAAAGUUUCCAUUUCCGCUACUGCCGAAGAAUAUCGUGCAUCGCUCUACGCUCUCUCGACUUUUUGCAUAAUAGGAGAUCUGAAGAGUGCUCAAAGUGUCACGAGAUUUUUAUUUUAUCGUUCUCAUAUAUUAGACAAUCAUUACGAGCUACUUUAUCCGGCAGUAAAAGCUUUUAGGGAGUACAAUGCGCUUGCUAAUGAUCAACACAGGUUCAUGACUGUCUCAUUAGCAACCUCCGGCAUGGAAAUGACAGAAACUUUGAAUCUCAGCAAAGACAGGCCAUCUCAAACUUUAUACCUACCAAGUCUACCCACUAAAGUUUUCGUUUACGCUACUGGAGCUGGCUGUGCUACAAUUCAGGGUAAAACCAUGUACUCCUCCUACGCAGUAAGUGAUCAAACGCCUUUAUUGGAAAUUAAAUCUGAAAUAUUAGAGGAAAUCUUACCAGACAGAAGUUCUAUUGAGGAGAUUGAAGGGAAACUUCCGACAGUGAAAAUUCAAACAUGCUUCAAAUGGAAGGGUGAUCGACCAUCUCCAGUCCUUCGACAAGAAAUCACCCUAUUCUCAGGCUUUGAACUCACUCCUAAUCCACCACAACUCUUGAAUCCACCUCAGGAAAUGGCAGAAAUGCAACACGGUAGCCACAAUAACCAAAUUUGGUUUAUUUUUGCCAACAUUUCUACAACUUGUCCUAUUUGUGUUCAAUUUAAUGCUCGCAGCUCUUAUAUUAUAUCAAGCAUUAGACCGGGUUAUGCUAAGAUUUAUCCUGCUACAAGAGAAGAUUUAGCUGCUGAAACAUUUUUCCAUGCCAAAGAAAAAAGCAGCUUACUCAAAUCUGUUACUAGUGACGAUAUAAUUACUUGGUUUGGCAUUGAUGGACCUGAAGUUGGAAAUAUGAAUAUUCCUGCAGGGUGCGAACGGAAAGAUAUGUCAAAAAUUGUUCCCAAGGAAAUUAACGUUCCAGCAACAACUCCUGCAAGUGUAAGUUUUAUUACUGACAAUCAAAAAGAAAUUAAAUUUAUCAAUUUGGUAACCUAUACGAUUAAUGUUGAUAAUAAAUCUGAUAUUCAUCAAAAUUUCAAUGAAGCUGUAGUCACGACGACUCAAAAGUUAUUAACAACUUCAUCGGCCAAAGAAAAAAAUAUCAUUCAAUUAGAAAAUACAACACAACAGCCUUCAAAAUUAAUAAAUAUUAAAAAAAUUAGGCAAGUGAAUAAACCUAAAAUAAAAAAGGUUUUAUUAGGUGAAGUUCAGACCGGAAAAUUUAAUACUAAAAAAGUUGAUAAAUCAAUCAAACCAAUUAUGAUCCAUGCUCCAAAAAUUUCAUUAUUAACUGAGAUUGAAAAACCUCACAUUGAAUCUACUACCACAAUAAAGAAUAAAUCAUCAAAAACAUCUACUCCAAACAGCUUAGAAUCAUGGACUCAUCAAACUACAACAUUUCCAACGACAACUACAUCAAAAAUAAUACAAAAAUUAAUAUCGCACGUUAACACCGAACAAAUUCAUGAUAUUCCAGAAAAAUUCAUUAAAGUUAAGGUAAACGAUGAGGCCGAUUUACAAAAUAAUCAUGUUAAUUCGGAAAGCAAUGAUAAUCAAUAUGUUCUAUUGAAUAAAGACUCCUUAUGGGAUAUGCUGAAGGAAGCUGUGAAUGAUGAGGCAAAAAGGAGAGAGUUAUCUAAUAUUCUACGAGAAAAAGAAGUUUAA